CCCACCUCACACACUCCUCCUCCUCCUCCUCCUCCUCUUGCACACACACACACACACAACCAACACAUGCACACACUCGCGCGCUCAGCUCGCAGCAGCCUGCCGGAGCUCCUGACACGUGCACACACAUCUCUAGCAGUCCGCACUCCUCCGUUAUCCUGCUUCAUUCUCUCUUCCCCCAAACACACACACACACAGGCACACAUACACACACAGUCUCUCUCCCUCUCUCUCUCUCUCUCACACACACACACACACACACACAAACAGAAAGCGAUGAGGCUUUAUUUCUGAACCAGCCCUCGACAGAGGAGACGUCGCAGCCGGAUCGGAUCCACACAACAUCGCCAGAGCUCUCAUUUUGAACCUCCUCACCUCUGAGGAACAGUCGUUGGAUUCCUACACUUUCAAUCCUCACUCCAGCCUUGAUUUGCACAGCGUCUCGGAUAAUAAGACGCUGCGUUGUUGAGAAACAUCCAACCUCUCUACUCUCUCCAUUCUGCAUCAUGCUUUAAGAGACUGACGCUCGAUGGAUUACGUUUUUUUCCCCGCUCAGGAGGCAAACCUCAGCUUUUCCAUGACACCAUGAACCCGAGCUUCGGGAUACGAGGACGGAAAGAGUAACGAGGUGGAAGAACUGGAGUAAGAACAAGAAAGGAGAGAGGUAGAAAAGCCGGACUGUGAAGAUGCCGAAACGGAGAGAGGAGAUGCAGAGAGACGUGUGGACUCGGAUCUUGCUGGCGUGGAUUACCUGUGUAUGCUUCGGCUCCUCAGCGCCGUUUGUUAACCAGUCGCAAAGUUUAGAAACAAGGCCGAGUUCAGAAAGUGAGACUUCCAAGCCGGAAGGACGACGCGUCCUCCAUCGGGCCAAAAGAGGAUGGGUUUGGAAUCAAAUGUUCGUGCUGGAGGAAUUCUCUGGACCCGAUCCGAUCCUCGUUGGCAGGCUCCACACGGAUCUAGACGUGGGGAAUAAGAACAUCAGGUACGUUCUGGCCGGAGAAGGAGCAGGAACCAUCUUCGCCAUCAAUGAGCUGACAGGCGACAUCCACGCCAUGAAGAGGCUGGACCGCGAGGAGAAGGCGGAGUACACGCUCACGGCGCAGGUCAUCAACCGAGACACCAACGAGCCCCUGGAGCCUCCGUCAGAGUUCAUCAUCAAAGUGCAGGACAUCAACGACAAUCCGCCGCAGUUCAUCGAGGGGCCGUACCAGGGCUCGGUGCCCGAAAUGUCCCCCGUCGGAACCUCGGUGACGCGGGUCACAGCCACGGACGCCGACGAUCCGGUGUACGGAAACAGCGCCAAACUGGUGUACAGCAUUUUGGAAGGACAGCCGUAUUUCUCCAUUGAUCAAAACACCGCAAUCAUUAAAGUCGCCCUGGCCGGGAUGGAUCGAGAGAUGAGGGAGGAUUAUCUGGUGGUCAUUCAGGCUAAAGACAUGGGAGGUCACAUGGGGGGAUUAUCCGGGACCACCACGGUCACCGUCACGCUGACGGACGUUAACGACAACCCGCCCAAAUUUUCAAAAGGCUCGUACGAGUUCACCAUCGCCGAAGACCUCGGCAUCGGAAAACCCGGCGGACGAGUGAAAGCCAACGACCGGGACAUCGGAGAAAACGCAAAAUCGACGUACAGCAUCAUAGCAGGAGACGAGAAGGACGUGUUCGAGAUCGUGACUGACUCUCAGACUCAAGAGGGAAUCCUCACUCUGAAAAAGGCUCUGGACUUCGAGAGUAAAUACUUUUACAACCUGACAGUGGUGGCGACCAACAUUCGGCCUUCAGCAACCGGAGCCCCGUUUAUGGACCAAACGACCAUCAAAAUCAUCGUAGAGGACGCAGACGAGCCUCCCGUCUUUACAAAGUCCACUUAUGUGUUUGAAGUGCAUGAAAACGCCGCCAUUAACACCGUCGUUGGAACCGUUACAGCCCGAGACCAGGACGCUACACGCAGCCUCAUCAGGUACUCGAUCGAUCGGCACACAGAUCUGGAGAGGCAGUUCAAUAUCCAUGUGGACGAUGGGAAGAUCACGUUAGCCAAGCCGCUGGACCGAGAGACCGAUACGUGGCACAACAUCACCGUGACGGCUACGGAAAUCCGGAACCACAGCCAGAUCUCCAGAGCGAUAGUGGCGAUCCGAGUGCUGGAUAUAAACGACAACGCUCCUGAAUUUCCCACCGAGUACGAAGCCUUUCUUUGUGAAAACGGCAAACCUGGUCAGGUGAUCCAGACCAUCAGCGCUGUGGACAGAGACAAUCCAGCUCAAGGACACACGUUCCACUACAGACUGGAGAUGCUGAACAACCCGAACUUCACCAUUAAAAACAACUUAGACAAUUCCAUCAGCAUCCUGGCGAAACACGACUCGUUCCGUCGUCAGAAACAGGAAGUGUACCUGCUGCCCAUCGUGGUGAGUGACGACGGAGAUCCGCCGAUGAGCAGCACCAACACGCUGACCAUCCGAGUGUGCGGCUGCAGUAAAGACGGCGUGGUUCAGUCGUGUAACGUCGAGGCCUUCGUCCUGCCCAUCGGCCUCAGCAUGGGGGCGCUGAUCGCAAUCCUCGCCUGCAUCAUCUUACUGCUCGUGAUCGUGGUUCUGUUCGUGACUCUGCGGCGGCACAAGAGCGAGCCGCUGAUCAUCAAAGACGAAGAGGACGUUCGCGAGAACAUCAUCACGUACGACGAUGAGGGCGGCGGUGAGGAGGACACGGAGGCGUUCGACAUCGCCACGCUGCAGAACCCUGACGGCAUCAACGGCUUCCUGCCUCGCAAAGACAUCAAACCCGAGCUGAGCUACAGCGUCCGCGCCGGACUCAGACCCGCCGCCAACGGCGUCGACAUCGACGAGUUCAUUAACGUCCGGCUCCACGAGGCUGAUAAUGACCCGACGGCACCUCCAUACGACUCCAUCCAGAUCUACGGCUAUGAAGGUCGAGGAUCUAUGGCUGGAUCUUUGAGCUCGCUGGAAACUUCUUCGUCAGAUUCGGACCAGAAUUUCGAUUAUCUCAGAGAGUGGGGUCCGCGGUUUAGAAGACUCGGAGAGCUCUACUCAGUGGGCGAGAGCGACAAAGAAACUUGAGGCAUUACUUUUUUUUCACUCUCAUGACGUUUGCAUUAUGGUGCUCGCCAGAUCACGAUUAAAACACAUCUGUUUCAAAAUGGCGGGAACUUUUUUUUUUUUUUUUGGAAAACUGUUAGAGACAAGCAUACUAGGGUUAGUCAUCUACAUCGAAGUGCGUAACGGGGCUGAACUUCACCACCACAGUGUCUGUCGUAGGAGGUCACUGAUUCUUGUGGAGUCUUUUAGAUUAAGUGUUUCUGGCUUGUCGUUUGUUCACUGUGACCACCGGAAAUGUAGGUUCUUGUUGGUCACGUAAAGAGAAAGACAAAAAAAAAGGAUUCAGUGAAGUGGAUGGACUUCUGAGGCCUCAAAAUGGCUCCACACGUCUCCUUAACAUCAUCCAGCCAAUCCGAGGAAGAAAGAAGAACCUUACAAAAUCGACUAAAAAGCAAUAUAUGGUCUACUAUGUUGAAUGUAUGUGUGUAUGUUUAAAGGUGAGAUAAGUGUACAAUAUUGGCUUUAAUAGAUCUUAGUUGAGAUAGCAUUUGAUACCGAGUGGCCGGAUUUCCUGAAAAGCCUCGCGGCUUGCUUUAUACACCCUGUUUGUAUUCGCGCUCUUAGUGUGUUUCACACUCGAACAUUAGUAGCCUAUAACAGACUGAAGACAAAAAGAGAAAUGUAGAAACAACGAGGCCUUCUUUUUACAGAAGCAAACAUUAAAUACGGUUGUAUUUAAACAUUUUUGGAAACAUCAAUCGUGUUUACUUCAUUAGCGUAGUAUGAUUUAUAAAUAUAUGAAUAUUCAUUGUCUGUUUUGUGCUGCGGGUAUAAAAAAUAUGGUGUCAUUUCGGGUUUCUCUUUUUCUGCUUUGUUUCGUUUGUCACCAGAACGCUCUUUUUAUAAACGCUAAAAUCAGAAAUACAGUACUGCAGUCCAUGCAGAGGUCACCAAUGAUCCUGUUUACACCUGGUCAUUUCAUGCCUCUUGUUUUGAGGAUCAGCGUUAUAUCUAUAUAUCAACAUAUCUAUAUAUCCAGUAAAAAUGCAGGUGUAAACGUACCUGUUCAAAAGGGAUUUAAACGAAAUUACUCAAAAUUUCAGGAGAUCUGAGAUACCUUUUAAUCAGAUAUUAUAUAAGAGCAAACGCAUCUGUGCAUAAAAGACACAUUGGGCCUUGAAAAAAAACCCUCAAUAUAACCUGUCAUGACUGACACCCUGUACAAUAUAACAUAAAUGAAACACCUUCUGAUGCAUCAAAAACAACACCUCUUUCAGUAUGUUAGGUCAGAACUGUAACUGCUACCAGUGCAAUACGUCAUGACUGAAAGCUGUCCCAAUAUAUUACUCAUUACAUCAUAACUGAAACCCAACAACACAUUACAUCAUAACUGAAACCCCUCCUCAAUCAUUAUGUCAUGACUGAAACCCCUCCUUAAACAUUACAUCAUGACUGAAACCCCUCCUUAAACAUUACGUCAUGACUGAAACUCCUCCUUACACAUUACAUCAUGACUGAAACCCCUCCUUAGACAUUACGUCAUGACUGAAACCCCUCCUUAAACAUUACAUCAUGACUGAAACUCCUCCUUAAACAUUACAUCAUGACUGAAACUCCUCCUUAAACAUUACAUCAUGACUGAAACCCCUCCUUACACAUUACAUCAUGACUGAAACUCCUCCUCAAACAUUACAUCAUGACUGAAACCCCUCCUUAGACAUUACGUCAUGACUGAAACCCCUCCUCAAACAUUACAUCAUGACUGAAACCCCUCCUUAAACAUUACGUCAUGACUGAAACCCCUCCUUAAACAUUACAUCAUGACUGAAACUCCUCCUUAAUCAUUACGUCAUGACUGAAACUCCUCCUUAAACAUUACGUCAUGACUGAAACUCCUCCUUAAACAUUACGUCAUGACUGAAACUCCUCCUUACACAUUACAUCAUGACUGAAACUGCUCCUUAAACAUUACGUCAUAAUUGACACCUUUUGCAAUAUCUUAGGUCAUAACUGAAACAUUUUCGAUACAGUAUGUCAUGACUGAAACCAGAUCAAUAUAUCUUAUGAUGACUGAAACCCCUCCUAGUACAUUAUGUCAUAACUGACACCACUUCCAGUGAUUAUAAUCACUGAAACUAGAUACAGUACGGAAACCCUGAUCAAUACGUCUUGUCAUGACUGAAACCCUUCCUUAUACAUUACAUCAUAACUGACACUUCUUCUACCUGUGUAUUACAUCAUGACUGAAACCCUUCCUUAUACAUUACAUCAUAACUGACACUUCUUCUACCUGUGUAUUACAUCAUGACUGAAACCCUUCCUUAUACAUUACAUCAUAACUGAAACCGCUUCCUGAUAUUUAAGUCAUAACCGACACGUUUUCUGAUAUAUUAUGUCUGAACUGAACUGAGACAUGUCUUAAUGUGUCAUAAUUGAAACUUGGAAUUAUUCGAUUACAUUAUAAAAUCCCUCCUGCUAUAUUAGGUCAUCACUGUAAUCCUUCCUGAUACAAGCUAGCUAGUUUUACAGAACGGUUUUCUACUUACUACAUACUUUUAAAAACACUAUUAUAAACCUACGUUUCAGGACAGUUCACUCUGGUACAUGAGAACGUCGGCCAGGGGAUUCCGUAUGACCUUCGUGUUGGCAGCGUGUCAGACGUGACCGUGACAAUCCAGCUACAAAACGCGUGAAGCGAUCAGGUGUAAACGGCAUCCACGUCGCUGACUGUGAGUCCACGGAGAAGAGAUACUGUGUGUAUAUAUGAAUAUACUGUAUACAGAGUACCAGUGAUCAUUUCAAGCACAAACCCCCCCCCGGAGUGUCCAGCGGAUCUGUGUGUAACCCGCCGGUCAUGUAGAACCCAUAAUUCAUAAACUGCAGACGUGUGUGUAAUGUUCCACGCUGUAUGAUAGUAGAGAAACAGGAAAAAAAUAGAUGUGUACAUAGUCACUGCUGACAUUCUUUAGCUUUCUUUGAGGACAUUUUGUUUAUGCACGUUAGCUUUUGCACAUGGAGAUCUCCGAAUGGCACUACAGCUGCGUGCGUUUGUACCGAUCCUCUAUAUGGCAGUUUUCAGUAGAACCCACACGAUAGACUUACAUGCAGAUCAUAUUUUCUACUGUGCUUUAAUGCUUAUAUACUUGUAUGUUGAAUUAUUUACUCUGCGUAUUGUAAUCUAAGAUACCCAUGUAUUGUUUCCUACUUUGUGAAAUAUAUUUUUAUAAAUAUUCAUGUG